AUGAGAAAAGAUAUACUUAGAACUAGAGAACGAGUAAUGAAUCCGAAAGUUAUUGAAGGAAGAGAUUUUAUUGUAUGGGAUAGAUUUGAAUAUGCAUUCAAUUUUGAUGAAUUGAUAUUACCACCUGAACGAGUUGUCACGGGUGUUAAAUUUGGUUAUGAAUUGACAAAUCAUUCAAAGUAUAAACAUCGUGUACAAAUACAAAUUGAGUCAAUGGAGUAUAACAGUAAAACUGGUGAAUUAAUUCAAGGUACUGAAGAACUGAUGAAACCAGAUCCUGAAAAUCACAACGAACAGCUUGUAAUGGAACAUCUAAAAAUACCACAAAAUGCAGUCACAGAGACUGUUCUUGAUUCAUCGGAAAAUGGGUAUGGCAUACUUGUUCAUAGCGAACUUGAAGAAGAUGCUGGACAGACAGUGCUUCCACUAUUUGAUGCUCAAACUGUUGAGGUACAACCACAUGCACCACUAGGCGGUAUUGGUUUUCAUCAUCGUGGAACAAAAUUUGAAGCAGGUUUUUAUGGGCUCACAGGUCAUACUGUUGAUUACAGUGCUAUCUUGAAAGCAGGUUCUUAAGCAUGAGUAAAAGGCAGAUAAAAAUUUCCCAAAAUAUUUAAAAAACUAUAUUAUUGCUUUCCUUUUUGUGCAUUAUGCAUUAUAUAUUAUGUAUUUUAAAGAAUAAUUAUUUGCAAAAUUAUACAAUAUCAGUAUAAUUAAUAAAAGAAAAAUUUCUAUUUGUAGAAACAAUUGAAGAUUCAAAUAAAUAUGUAAUAUUUCAAAGACUUAAUUGAUUUAUUUGUAAAAAUAUAUUAAGUGCAAUUGAAAUAAUAUUAUAAUAUAAUGUACGCAUGACAAAAUAUUUAAAUAUAUAU